CGACUCGUGCGACGUAUAUACUCGUUUGGAGAAUCUUCUCCCCCUCCACGAGGUCCGCGCCGCCAGGCCAGAAGCGCGUCGCGUAACCGAGUGGAGAGUCGAUCUCAGGACACCGACACGAGUACGUUUCCUCGCCAGUUUCGCUCCGCAGGCUCCACACCACUGGUGCACUCCUGCGCGACACCCGAUUGCACUUGGUUCGCUGCACACGCUCUCUCGUCGCGCACUCGCCUCCACGCACAUAUUCGUUUACCACGCAACGACUAUCCCCGAGGACUGUCAGCUUUCUUUCCACUCUCUCUUCAUCCUCGAGGGAUCAGCUGUUCGCCCAGCUGCACCAUUUUUCUCGUUGGCACACGUAGAGAGAAGCUAGCUUCAAAAUGAGGGAGAUCGUACAUCUGCAGGCUGGACAAUGCGGAAACCAGAUUGGUGCAAAGUUCUGGGAAGUGAUCUCCGAGGAGCACGGCAUCGACCAAUCGGGCAUUUAUCAUGGAGAUAGCGAUCUGCAAUUGGAGCGAAUUUCCGUCUACUAUAACGAGGCUUCUGUCGCGACCUCGACCAACGGAGGAAAGUACGUGCCCAGAGCCAUCCUUCUGGACUUGGAGCCAGGGACGAUGGACGCCGUACGAUCGGGCGCCUACGGGAAACUGUUCCGCCCGGACAAUUUCGUGUUCGGCCAAUCCGGGGCCGGGAACAACUGGGCAAAGGGGCAUUACACGGAGGGCGCGGAGCUGGUCGACUCGGUGCUGGACGUGGUGAGAAAGGAGUGCGAGAACUGCGACUGCCUGCAAGGCUUCCAACUGACCCACUCCCUCGGCGGGGGCACCGGGUCAGGGAUGGGGACGCUGCUCAUCUCCAAGAUCCGGGAGGAGUAUCCGGAUCGGAUAAUGAACACGUACUCGGUGAUGCCCUCGCCCAAAGUGUCGGACACGGUGGUCGAGCCCUACAACGCCACCCUGUCCGUCCACCAAUUGGUCGAGAACACGGACGAGACGUACUGCAUCGACAACGAGGCCCUCUACGACAUCUGCUUCCGCACGCUGAAGGUGUCGAAUCCUAGCUACGGGGACUUGAACCACUUGGUCUCGCUCACCAUGUCGGGAGUGACCACUUGCCUCAGGUUUCCCGGCCAGUUGAACGCCGAUCUGAGGAAGCUGGCCGUCAACAUGGUCCCGUUCCCUCGUCUCCACUUCUUCAUGCCAGGAUUCGCUCCCCUAACGUCCAGAUCUAUGCAACAGUACUCGGCCCUCUCCGUUCCCGAGCUCACCCAGCAGAUGUUCGACGCGAAGAACAUGAUGGCCGCCUGCGAUCCGAGGCACGGCCGUUAUCUAACCGUGGCCGCGGUGUUCCGCGGCCGGAUGUCGAUGAAGGAGGUCGACGAGCAAAUGCUGAGCGUGCAGAACAAGAACAGCUCGUACUUCGUCGAGUGGAUCCCGAACAACGUGAAGACGGCCGUGUGCGACAUCCCGCCCAAGGGUUUGAAGAUGUCCUCGACCUUUAUCGGCAACACGACCGCCAUCCAAGAGUUGUUCAAGAGAAUUUCCGAACAGUUCACCGCCAUGUUCCGAAGGAAAGCGUUCCUUCACUGGUACACGGGCGAGGGUAUGGACGAGAUGGAGUUCACCGAGGCCGAGUCGAACAUGAACGACCUCGUCUCCGAGUAUCAGCAGUAUCAGGAGGCAACCGCCGAAGAGGAUUUCGAGGCCGAGGAAUGCGCCGACGACUUCGAGACCUGCGACCAGGAGUGAG